CUCCAGCGGAAGCCGGAAGCCAGCGCUGGACUCGCUAGCCCCGCGGCGCUCAACUCGAUAGUCUUGGAGGAACUUACGCGCAGGAUGGGGGAGAAGAUGGCGGAAGAGGAGUUUCCCAAUACAACUCAUGAAAGUCUCAAUGUCACCCUCCACAAAGCUCUGAUUGUCACCACGAAACUGGUGCUCCCAACCCCUGCCAAGCCUAUCCUUCCUGUGCAGACGGGGGAGCAGGCCCAACAGGAAGAGCAAUCCAGUGGCAUGACCAUCUUCUUCACCCUCCUCGUCCUAGCUAUCUGCAUCAUCUUGGUGCAUUUGCUGAUCCGGUACCGAUUACAUUUUCUGCCCGAGAGUGUUGCUGUGGUUUCUCUAGGUAUUCUCAUGGGAGCAGUUAUAAAAUUUAUAGAGUUUAAAAAACUGGCAAAUUGGAAGGAAGAAGAAAUGUUUCGUCCAAACAUGUUUUUCCUCCUGUUGCUUCCACCUAUUAUAUUUGAAUCAGGUUAUUCAUUGCAUAAGGGAAACUUCUUUCAAAACAUCGGUUCUAUUACCCUGUUUGCUGUUUUUGGGACAGCAAUAUCAGCUUUUGUAGUAGGUGGAGGAAUUUAUUUUCUGGGUCAGGCUGAUGUGAUCUCUAAACUCAACAUGACAGACAGCUUUGCUUUUGGCUCCCUCAUUUCUGCCGUGGACCCAGUGGCUACCAUUGCUAUUUUCAACGCCCUGCAUGUGGACCCUGUGCUCAAUAUGCUGGUGUUUGGGGAGAGCAUCCUCAACGACGCCGUCUCUAUUGUCCUGACCAACACAGCUGAAGGUUUAACAAGAAAAAAUAUGUCGGAUGUCAGUGGGUGGCAAACUUUUCUGCAAGCCCUGGGCUACUUCCUCAAGAUGUUCUUCGGCUCUGCUGCACUGGGCACACUCACGGGCCUCAUCUCUGCCCUCGUGCUGAAGCACAUUGACCUCCGGAAAACGCCCUCUCUGGAGUUUGGCAUGAUGAUCAUCUUUGCCUACCUCCCUUAUGGGCUGGCAGAAGGAAUCUCCCUCUCUGGCAUCAUGGCUAUCCUAUUCUCUGGCAUCGUGAUGUCCCACUACACGCAUCACAACCUGUCCCCUGUCACCCAGAUCCUCAUGCAGCAGACGCUGAGGACCGUGGCCUUUCUGUGUGAAACAUGUGUGUUUGCAUUUCUUGGCCUGUCCAUUUUUAGUUUCCCUCACAAGUUUGAAAUUUCCUUUGUCAUCUGGUGCAUAGUGCUGGUGCUGUUUGGCCGAGCAGUGAACAUUUUCCCUCUUUCCUACCUCCUGAAUUUCUUCCGUGAUCACAAAAUCACACCCAAGAUGAUGUUCAUCAUGUGGUUCAGCGGCCUGCGGGGUGCCAUCCCCUACGCCCUGAGCCUACAUCUGGACCUGGAGCCUAUGGAGAAGCGGCAGCUCAUCGGCACCACCACCAUCAUCAUUGUGCUCUUCACCAUCCUGGUGCUGGGUGGCUGCACCAUGCCGCUCAUCCGCCUGGUGGACAUCGAGGACGCCACCGCUCGGCGCCGAAACAGGAAGGACGUGAACCUCAGCAAGACAGAGAAGAUGGGCAACACAGUGGAGUCGGAGCACCUAUCGGAGCUCACAGAGGAGGAGUACGAGGCACACUACAUCCGGCGGCAGGACCUCAAGGGCUUUGUGUGGCUGGAUGCCAAGUACCUGAACCCCUUCUUCACACGCCGCCUGACCCAGGAGGAUCUGCACCAUGGGCGCAUCCAGAUGAAGACCCUCACCAACAAGUGGUACGAAGAGGUGCGCCAGGGCCCCUCAGGCUCUGAGGACGAUGAGCAGGAACUGCUGUGAGAUGGGACCCCAUGCCUCACGUGCAGGAAUGUGCCCUAGUGGCGUUCUGGCACAAGCAAGCCCAAGACCAAGACUGCUCUGCCACAACUUUCCAGGCUCAUGAUCCCGAUGAUCCAAAGGCCAAGUCUUCUCAGCCAGAACUUUGUGGCCUGCAAACCUGUGUUCCUGUGUUCUGCGGUGUGUAUCUGCCUGCUCAGCUUAGGACGGGACAGGGGGCUACUGGCCACUGUGCAUCCCCCCUACCACACCAAGGGGCAUAGCACACCAACCCUGGUCCUGGGUGAAUGUUUGUUUACAUGAGACUCCACCCUCCUUCCCUCUUGGGUUCUAGGGGUGAGUGAGCUACCCUCUGGAGGCACUGGGUAUAGGCAGAGCCUCCCCUGCCAUCUGAGUUAGCCUAAAUCCCUGCACUUUUAUAAAUGCCCUCCCUGAAAACUCCCCCCUGGGGGUCUUGACUCCAGAUACCCUGCUCUGGGGAGCCUCUGUGGGGCGCCCCCAGCUGACUGCUGUCUCAUCACUGCUAAUCGGCCCUCUAGAUACUACUGAAGCCUCCCCUCCUUCCCAGGACACACACACAACCAUUCAGUCCAGGGUUCCAGACCCAGGCAUAGAGAUAUACUCUCAUCUACAGCUCCAACAGAGAUCUACACUCAUCUAUACAUGCACACAUUCACUCCAUGAACCCCACACACACGUGUCUACACACUCCAGCCUCAGAUGCACAUGU